AUGGGCAGGCCGUUGAGCAAAGGGGUCGUCCCACAACCUCAAGUCCCAAGCAACUACAGCGCUGCGCACAUUCCGUCGCAGAAGGACAAAGUUGCGAUCGUUACGGGUGCAAACUCGGGCAUUGGGUUCCACACGGCCUUGGAACUCGCCCGCAAAGGUGCGCAUGUGGUGCUGGCGUGUCGCAAUCGCGAGCGGGGGCUCGAAGCCGAAGCCGACAUGCAAGCGCUGUUGACGUCGAGCAGUGACGGCGGGACUGUUAUGUUUAUGCUGGUCGACAUGGCCGAUCUGAGCAGCGUGCACAAGUUUUGCGCGGACUUUAAGAAGACGCAUCGUCGCUUGGAUAUCCUGGUCAACAACGCCGGCAUUGCUGGCGGCGUGUACACCAAGACGAUCGAUGGCUACGAGCUGCAGUUUGCGACCAACUACUUGGGCCACUUUGCGCUGACGGCGCGACUGUUUGACCUGCUGAAGGCGAGCGAAGCUGCGCGGAUUGUGUCGGUCAGCAGCUUUCUCCACCGCCACGCGUCGUUGUUCUUUGACGAGGACAAGAUUAUGGUCACGAAGGAGGACGAGUAUGGACAGAUUGCCACCUACGCGGUCUCGAAACUGUGCAACCUCUUGUUCAUGCGGGAACUCGACCGGCGACUGAAAGCGGCGAAGCUCAACAAUGUGGUUGCAACGGCCGCGCAUCCGGGAUACUGCGACACGAACAUUAUGAAGAAAGCGGCCGAGACGAACAGCGACAAUUGGCUGUGGUGGCUCAUGUUUCGCACGGUGGCCAUGGCCACGCCGCAGAGUCCUGCAAAAGGAGCGCUGUCGACGUUGUAUGCGGCAACAAGCGACUCGGUUUCGGGUGGCAGCUACUACGGACCAAAGUACCUCGAGUUGUACGGCUCACCUGCGUGCGUGGACUCGUCGACGCUGAGCAAGUCCGAGUCGGCAGCUGCGAAGCUUUGGGCGUUCAGCGAGAAGCUUACGCACCUGCAAUUUGACGUGGCCAAGUAA